UUCUUCAACACCUGCAGCCACCUCGGUAGCUCGCUAGCCAACAAAGUCGGAACAGUCAAGUUCUUUAGACAAUUUCGUGGUUCAUUUUCCACAAUGAUUUAAACAUACUUAUGUGGAAACUACUAGCUACCCCAUUUAAUUUAAUAUUUAAGUUGUAAGUCAACUAGCUGGCUGGUUAAGUUAGCACUAGUCUAGUCGCUAAUGCUAACUAGCUAACAUCCCCGAACAUGAGUUCACUAAGCUACUCUCCUCCUGCUAAAGAAGAGAGGAUCUGCUGGACGGAGAAAGAAGUUCUCGUGAAAGAGGAGGAAGAAGAAGAGGCUGUUACAAUACAAAAACAAGUAGAGGGUGAGGCUGUUACAGUGAAAGAAGAAGAGAAAGACGUUACAGAGAAAGACGCCUUCAGAGUGAAAGAGGAAGGGGCUGUUAUGGUGAAAGAAAAGGAGGAAGAUGCAGUUUUUGGAAUGGAGGAUGAAGUGAAAGAAGAUGAAGACGUUUUUGGAAUGGAGGAUGAAGAGGGGGAGAUUACUGUCACAUUAGAGGAGGACGAAGAAGAGAAGACUGGAGAACUGAUUAACACCAGUAAAUACAGAGAGAGACGGGACUAUCGUGGAUCCUCUGGGGAUCCUCAACAAUAUCAUGAUGCUGAUGAGGCAGAGAGUCUCUCCAGAUCAGAACUCCUCAAGAAACACCAGCAGAGAUUUAUAGGGAAGAAAUCUCACUGCUGCUCUGACUGUGGGAAAAGAUUCAACUCUUCAUCAGACCUUAAAAUACAUCAACGAAUUCACACUGGAGAAAAACCUUAUGGCUGUGAUCACUGUGGGAAGUGUUUUACUACAUCUAGCUAUGUAACUAUACACCAGAGAACACACACAGGAGAGAAACCAUAUGUCUGUAGUCAAUGUGGGAAGAGUUUUAUACGGCUACAAACCCUGAAAGCACACCAUAGAAUACAUACUGGAGAAAAACCUUUUGGCUGUGAUCACUGUGAGAAGAGUUUUUCUACAUCUAGCUAUCAAAUUAUACACCAGAGAACACACACAGGAGAGAAACCAUAUAGCUGUAGUCAAUGUGGGAAGUGUUUUACACACAUCAAAAGCCUGAUAGUACACCAGCGGACACACACAGGAGAGAAACCGUAUAGCUGUAAUCAAUGUGGGAAGAGUUUUUCCACAUCUAGCUAUGUAACUAUACACCAGAGAACACACACAGGAGAGAAACCAUAUAGCUGUAAUCAAUGUGGGAAGAGUUUUACUCAGCUAAACAGCCUGAUAGUACACCAGCGGACACACACUGGAGAGAAACCUUUUAACUGUGAUCAAUGUGGGAAGAGUUUUGCUACAUCUAGCAGUCUGACGACACACCAGAGAACACACACAGGAGAGAAAUCUCUUAGCUGUAAUCAAUGUGGGAAGAGAUACUCUGAUAAAAGAUCACUGAUUAAACAUCAGAAAAUACAUGGAGUUGUUUCAUGAUAUCAAUGAAAUGAUGUCUCAAUGUAGAACCUAAACGUUUGCCCCCUGUUCUAUUGAUUUCAGCAUGAUAUGGAUAUUAGCAUCGGGACAAAUCCAGGCUCUGAAUUGAUAAAGUACUAUUUAUAAGCUUUAACAAAAACUGACUAACAAAAAAUUAGUUGUGUUACACUUACCACGUUGGUGACCCACUUUAAUUAAAAUGCAACACUUCAAAAUGUAGCGAGCUGUUUUCUACAAAUUGUCCUCUAACCAAUGCUGUACACAUUAUUCUCAGAUUCUGUGUGGUUUUUAAGCUCUUAACUCAUCGAUGUCAUGUUGAAAUCAAUUAUGACUGAUAAGUGUUGCGUUCCUUUGUUUAGCGACCCCUACAUUUAAAUGCAUCACUCCAAAAUGUAGCUGACUGUCUUAUGCAGGUUGUCCUUUAACCAGUGAGGUGAAAGAUUUCUCCUUCCAUUUGUUUUUUUUAAUUGUGUUAUUUUCAACAUCAGGUACAACCUGAUUUCCCCCCUAAUUGAUAUCAGUGAUUUAUUGCUACUUGUCAAAACAACAGUGUUUCUGGUGCUUGUGCAGUUAAAAAGAAAAAGUAAUAUGAUUAUUGUGGCAGAUGUUUGUGUAUAUAGCACAUGUUAUGUUUUCAAUAUAUCACAAACUGUUUCUGCAUAUUGGUUAUUGAUUUGGACAUGUUAAAACUGUGUUUUGUCAUUGGGGCUGUCCCACCUAGCAAAAUAUAAUUGAAAAGAUGUUGAAAGAAGACCAAUCGGUUGAAAGAUGUA